AUGGAGUCCGUACAAACAACUCGUGCACUUUCCUUCAAGCCAAAUACUUUAAGUUUUGUACGUGAACAAGUGAAUAUAAAUUCACCAACUCGUAUCAAUGAAGCCAUCGAUUUAUUGAUUCAAUGGAUUCAAAAACAAAAUCAUUUUAUAAAGAAGGAUUUCUCCCGAGAAUACCUAGAGAGGUGUGUUAUCAUAAGCAAAGGUUCGGUUGAAAGAGCAAAGACAAAAAUGGAGAAAUCUUACACUUUCCGCACGCUUAUGCCAGAAUUGUUACAAUUUUCCAAUCCCAGGGAUUUGAUGAAGGAGUAUGAAGGCUCGAUUAUACAGUUUAUUCUUCCCCAACUGACGGAUAGACACGAUCGCGUAUACGUCAUGAAAAAUAGUGGACAAAAAUUUACAAGUUUUACUAAUUACUACAAAUUUUUACUUAUGAUUUUUGAGUAUUUUCAAGCUAAAGAUUACAACAACGGUGUGAUUGCGGUGAUUGAUUAUAUCGACACAAAUGUAUUAGAAGUUGUGAAGACCAUAAACGUAUUAGAAAUCCGGCAGCUGAUUACAAUUGUUACGGAAGGUUUUAGCCUUCGACUCAAGGGAGUACAUUUUAUGACGUCAUCGAAGGCUAUAGACACACUUGUUUCUAUACUAAAACAGGCCUUGAGCGAAAAACUGGCACAGAGAAUUCAUGUACACAGAGAUCACACAUCUUUAAAAGAACAUAUUCCAUUAGAAAUUUUGCCAAUCGAGUACGGCGGCAAGGAAAAAUCUAUGUAUAAAUUACAGGAUGAUUUAAUAGAUGAAUUAGAAUCGCCAGACUUUAUGGAUCACUUGAGAGAAAUGCAAACAGCCAGAACCGAUGAGUCCAAACGACAAACAGAUAAAUACAACGAGGCUAUUAUUGGAAUGCCCGGAUCCUUUAGGUCUCUAAGUGUCGAUUAA